AUGGGUUUCCAUUCCUUACUGGGAGUCGUAAUCCUAGGUCUAUCGGCGUACUUAUGGUGGGACUCCCAGAACUACCUGGACCUCAAUGAAGUGGACCAGUAUUAUGUGACACCAUUCAUAGUGCUGCUCAUCCUGGGAGGGGUCAUGACAAUCGUCGGCUUUCUCGGGUGCUGUGGUGCUGUCAGAGAGUCAUCCUGUCUAUUGGGAACCUACUUUCUGUUUUGUGUGACAAUGUGUGUGGCGUGUGGGGCAUCACUAUUCUGGGCCAUUCACAACGAACAAACCUUUUGUUCUGCAAAAGAAAAUAUCUGA